CGUCAUUUUCCCUGCGCCCCCGGAGUAGAUUCCGCACGUGUGGAACAUAAACUCGCCUCAGUAAGUCAUCGUGAGGAUUUCUUUAGGAUAUGAGUGGGGACGUGGAACGCUUGUUGAUCCAGUUUCAGGAUGAGGGGGGUGAGGCCCUUGGAUCCCCCUUUGAUGUGCCGUUGGACAUAACCCCAGAUAAACUGCAGCUGGUCUGCAAUGCACUACUACAAAAGGAGGAGCAAGUCCCACUGUUGUUCUUUGUGCGUGAUGCAGAGGUGGUGUCCUCUCUCGGAGCCUGUGUGCAGACGCUGGGUUUAGAGACAGAACAAGUGCUGCCGGUGGUGUACCAGCCGCAGGCCGUGUUCCGUGUGAGGGCUGUGGCCCGCUGCACCAGCUCUCUGCAGGGACACACUGAGGCCGUCAUCUCAGUAGCCUUCAGUCCCACGGGCAAAUACCUGGCUAGUGGGUCUGGAGAUACGACUGUGAGAUUUUGGGACCUAACUACAGAGACUCCUCAUCACACUGCUAGAGGACACACACACUGGGUUCUGUCUAUAGCCUGGUCUCCAGAUGGAAAAAAGUUGGCAUCAGGGUGCAAGAACAGUCAGAUUCUCCUCUGGGAUCCUGUCACUGGACAGCAAAUGGGGAAGGCUCUGACUGGACAUACUAAAUGGAUCACUUGGCUGUGUUGGGAGCCACUUCACCUGAACCCUGAGUGCAGGUAUCUGGCCAGUUCUUCUAAAGAUUGCUCCAUUCGGAUAUGGGACGCAGUGCUGGGCCGCUGCGAUAAGAUCCUGACAGGUCACACACAGUCAGUCACCUGUGUUAAAUGGGGAGGGGACGGCCUCUUGUACACAUCCUCCCAGGACAGGACCAUUAAAGUCUGGAGGGCAAAAGACGGGGUUCAGUGUCGGACUUUGCAGGGUCAUGCUCACUGGGUCAACACUUUGGCCCUCAGUACUGACUACGUCCUUCGCACAGGAGCCUUCGAGCCAGCCACCGCUACCAUCAACCCUCAGGACCUUACCGGUUCAUUGGAGGAGAUCAAAGAGGGAGCUUUGAAACGAUAUAACAAAGUCAGAGGUGAGGGUUCUGAGCGGUUGGUGUCGGGUUCUGAUGACUUCACACUGUUUCUGUGGAACCCAGCAGAGGAGAAGAAGCCUGUUGCCCGCUUGACUGGACACCAGGCGCUGGUCAACGAGGUGCUCUUCUCCCCUGACACACGACUAGUUGCCAGCGCUUCUUUUGACAAGUCUAUCAAAAUUUGGGAUGGCAAGACUGGCAAGUACCUGACUUCACUUCGGGGCCAUGUGGGGGCCGUGUACCAAGUGGCUUGGUCUGCAGAUAGCCGCCUGUUAGUUAGUGGAAGCAGUGACAGCACCCUGAAGGUUUGGGAUGUGAAGACAGGCAAACUAAAUGUGGAUCUGCCUGGCCAUGCUGAUGAGGUUUUCGCAGUAGACUGGAGUCCUGAUGGUCAGAGAGUGGCAAGUGGCGGGAAAGACAAGUGUCUACGGAUAUGGAGGAGGUAGUUGACAGUCUCUGUCUUUCCACUACGCAAUUAUUAUCAUCCAAUCAGGUGCCUCACUGCUCCAGCCUUCUUCAUCCAGUGGCCCGCCCCUCAGGAUGACAGACAGCUGUGUUACUCUGAGGAGCCUUAACCUAAUCACCCAGUGCCCUUACAUGCACUGCGUGACCUGAAAGAACAUAUGCAAUGCGUACGCAUAUGAGUUGUGCUACAGCAGCCCAGAGAUAGAAACACGAAAUCUGUCAUGACGUCCUUUUGGCUUUUCUUAAUGAAACUGUGCAGUGCUAACUCAUUUAAAUAAGCACCCAGCAGACCUGGUCCAAUCUCUGUAAUCCCUUCCCCCCCUGCCCCACACACACUGCUUGUAAUUAUUUAAUCCCAAACAACGAAACAGGUUUUACGCAGUCUGUUCUACCCUUGAGAGACUCCCUCCAUUCAUAGAGACUAACAAACUGAGAAGCUAGUAACGUGAAUUUAAAGACUUCCAUGUUGUAACUCCACUCUUUGGAAGGUGUAAAAAUAGAAGCUGACACUAGGCUGUAGUGUUCAUUAAGCACUCUGGCUAUUUCUGACUCAUAAAAACAGUUGUAGUUGUUUUGCCCUCAGUUAACCAGAAAAUUGGAUUUUCCCCAUAAAUCUAAGUAGACAAAAAAGUAGCCAGUUUGUCAAUAAAGUGUCAAGUAGGGUAAAAAAAAACAAACAAAAAAAUCUAACUCACAUGUGUUAGAUUUUUGGUCCCAUGUUAAGACAGUGGCCCCAAAAGGUUUUUGGACAUUUGUUCCAUAUUUAAGACAGUAUUUAGUUCAUGUUAGGAGGUUUCUCACCAACACCACUGGAAGAAAAAAAACAGCCCCAGCCAUUUCCACCUAUUUUACAGUAUCCUUGGUGCAAUCUGGUUUGAGUUCUUCUCCAAGCUUUCACCACACAGUCUACCUUCAUUUUGAUAUUGGGCUAGAAGUCUUUUUUUCUUGGACUAAAAUAUCAUUUUGUUGAACAUUUUGAAAGUGAACUAAAAGAACCAUUUAAAGCUGAUGUGUGUUUAAAGUGUCAGAAUACUUUUUGGGGCCACUGUAUUCCAAUAUUGAUGAUUUGUCUACACUCAUAAAAGGUGAAGAAGGUGAGGUGAAGCUCAGAAAAACUCGUUAUUCCCUUCUCCUUUUUACAUGACGUGAUGUGUCAGGAUUGGGGCUGGGCAGAUUGUCCUUACAGGAUUUCCUGAAGGCUUUAGUGGAAGACUGCAGAACAUAGGCUGCUUAUCAUUAAUGCCAGUAAGAUGUAUUUUGAUGUCCUUUAUAUUUUAUUACUGUUUUGCAUUUGUUUUCUCUGUCUUCCAUUUGUGGAAAGGACAAACAUUUGGCUCACUGUGAAUGAUUAUUAUUUAACCAUCUAAAUAGCAAAAUAAAAUCACACACAAAGUCCACACACA